AUGAAACGAAAAAGAAAUUUUUCGGUAAGGAAAGGGAAGAAGAAUAAAGUUGGAAUUAAAAAGGGGUUGGGAAUAAAAAAGUUGACAAGAAAAGAUAAGGAGACUUUAGAAGAGUAUGGUACUUUAAACCCUACCGAGUUGGAAGAGAGUGAAAGCGACGAAACGGAGGGGAAUCAAUUCGAUGAGGAGAGAAAUUGGGAAGAGGAUGAAAUGAUGAAUGAAAUUUCUGACGGUGAAACCGAUGAUGAUGAUGAAAGUUUUGAAGAAUUAUACUUGGAUAAGCCUGAUUCAUCUUACAGAAAACUUGUUGGAUUAUUGCAAGUUAAUAAGAAUCAAAAAUUAGAUGAAGUAGUAGUAAAGGAGGUUGUAGAAAUUGAUAAAGUAAAGGGUAAAAUUGAUGACGUGGAGAUUAAUUUAAAGGAUGAAGGGGGUGAAAAUAAUAUAAAGUCUGAAGGGGAUAACAAUAAUGAUUAUGAUCAAGAACAAAAUGCAAAAGAUGAAUUUGAAAGACAUUUUGGAAAUCAACAGAUAUUAAAUGGUAAAGUAUCCAUGAUUGAACAAAAAAAAUGGAAUAUAAUAAAUUAUGAAAAUUCUGUUUUAAACACUGUUAGUAAAUAUACACUUAACAACGAGGAGAACGAUGAUAAUAAUGAAAGUGAUAUGAAGAAUCUCAAUUCACUAAAGAUCAGACCAAAAUUAUUAGAGACUUGGAAGAAAGUUAAUGAUAAUACUUUCACUGAUUUACAAUGGCACUUGUUUCAACAAUUUAAUAAAUAUCGAGAUGUAUUAUACACGAAUAGAAUUGUAGAAGACUCACACAAACUGAAAUGCGUGUAUGCUUUGCACGCUUUGAAUCACAUUUUCAAGGUUAGAAAUCGCGUAUUAAAAAGCAAUGAAAAAUUAAAUAACGCACACGCGGCUGGUAAAGAUAUUGAUGAAAUAAGGGACCAAGGAUUUACAAGACCAAAAGUAUUAAUCUUAUUACCAUUUCGUAAUUCUGCCAUGGAUUUAGUAGAAAUUUUGAUAAAAUUAUCGGGGACGGAUCAACAAGAAAAUCGAAAACGAUUUUUUGAAUCAUUUGGAAUAACGUCUGAACAAGAAAAAAUUGAUCCAAAGAAACCAGCGGAUUUUUUGGCGACGUUUAAAGGGAACAUUGACGAUAUGUUUAGAAUUGGUAUAAAAUUCACGAGAAAAUCUAUGAAAUUUUAUGCCGAAUUCUACAAUGCAGAUAUUAUCAUCGCGUCUCCAUUAGGAUUAAGGAUGAUCAUAGGAGCCGAGGGGGACAAGAAACGGGAUUUUGAUUUUCUUUCAUCAAUUGAAAUAAUGAUCGUUGAUCAAUGUGAUACCCUCUUGAUGCAAAAUUGGGAUUAUGUCGAACAUAUCUUCAGUCAUAUGAACCUGAUCCCACAGAAAUCACAUGAUUGUGAUUUCUCACGCGUAAAGGAGUGGUACCUUGAUGGAAGAGCGAAAUAUUUGAGACAAACUAUUGUCUUUGCUGACUAUUUAACUCCGGAAAUUAACGCGUUAUUUAAUAAGCAAAUGAAUAAUGUCGAUGGAAAAAUAAAAAUCAAGCAUCAUCAUAAAGGAACUAUCUUGGAUGUUAAUGCGACAAAUAUUCGGCAGACGUUUACACGAAUUGAAUGUAAUUUGCUAUCAGAAGUCGAUGAUUUAAGGUUUAAAUAUUUCACUGAAAAGGUGUUACCGAAAAUAAGAAAAAUGAAUUUGUCGCAUGUAAUGAUUUUCAUACCAUCGUAUUUUGAUUUUGUAAGAUUACGGAAUUAUUUUGAAGAUAACUCAUUUUCAUUUACUUCAAUUAAUGAGUAUGCAAGCGUUUCUGAUGUUACAAGAGCACGUACUUAUUUUCUUAAUGGAAAGAAAAAUUAUUUAUUAUAUACGGAAAGAUUUCAUUUUUUUAGGAGAAAUCACAUAAAAGGAAUCCAUCAUAUUAUCUUUUAUGCGUUGCCAGAUCAUGCUCAUUUUUAUUCAGAACUUUUAAAUUUUAUACAACUGUCACCUUCCAAUAAAACUUCAGCUAUCGAGAAUUCAAACGAGAUGAUUUCAAUUAGCGUCUUAUUUUCAAAAUUUGAUCAAUUGAGAUUGGAAAGGGUUGUUGGAACUUCUAAAUUUUGUAAGAUGUUACAAGGCGAAAAGAAAGUUUAUACGUUUAGUAAUUGA